GAAGUCUUCCUGGAACUUUGCAGAGGUAUCUGAUUAUACACCCUCACCAUACAGGAAUGGACCUUCCCAUGUGUUACUUUUGCAUCAAAGUAUGACCGAGGUCAACAGGACAGUAGAAGUGGAAUGCAGUUUCACAAAGUGUUUUUGUGGCUAGAGAACACAAUUCAGGAGUCAAAUAAGAUUUGGAAUAGAUCCUGAAACCUGCUGCAGUCAACCACAGCUGGAGAGAGACAACAUUCAUUUCAAACGGCCUUCCCUCCACCCUGCAUUCAUACAUCAUGGCGGAGCCUUCCCCAGGGUGGUGGAAGCUGACUUUUCUGAGGAGAAAAAAAUCCCAGCCCAAGGUUCUGUAUGAAAUCCCUGCAGAAGCCGUUUCCAAUGCAGCCACUAGCCAGCAUGGGUCCAGCACGGCCACCGGAGUUGCCCCCCACCCAGAGGACAUGGCGCACGACUCUCAGCUGGACGCCCGCCUGGAGAGGAUCAUGGAUAAAACAACAGUCAGCAAGGGGCGCCAUGUCAAGGUGUCUCACUCUGGGAGGUUUAAGGAGAAGAAGAAAGUGCGAGCCACUCUGGCGGAGAACCCAGAGAUGUUUGUGGGAGGUGAACCCAUGAGAGAUGAGAACCAGAGAGCUGGGAAGUAACAGGACACACAAAUGCUCUAAAAGUGAAUGGUGCUGCAUGAGGAGACUUUAAAAUGUGGUGUUUGGGUUCAUGGCUCUCUCCUCUUGUCAGUUGAUGGAACUUAAAUCUGAGAAAAUAUCUUCUUAGGAGGACCUCCACUUUUUAAAAUGACCACUAAGACUCAUCAGAAAAAGUGAAACUUAGAGUUUGUGCCCAGUUUAUAUUUCUAUAGAGAAGUCUGACACUAAAAAGAUUGGCUUGUAGUUUCCGUUUAAAAGUAUCAAUUUUCCAGCUCUUCUGAUAUCCUCUGGCAGGCUGAGGCUGUUCCAGCAUUUUGGAGCCAAAUGUUUUCAUUCUACUCUGUCAAACAGAAAUUAAAGAUAUUUUGAGUUAUGAUGACAGAUGCAAUUGUCACGUCUCCGGCCGUGACUCCAGGUUUUCCUCCCUGUCUUCCUCUCCCUGUGUCCCUUAUGUUUACACCCCCCCCGUGUCUCUGUGCUUUGGGCGUGGCUUUCCCUCACCUGGCUCCUGAUUCGUCCUCCACUGUUGUCUUCAAUCAGCUCAUCAGCAAGCAGUAUAAGAGCCCAGGGACUUCACUCACUCACCGCCAGAUUGUUUCACCAGACUCCAUGAUCUCUAGCCUCUGCCUCCAUGCCAUCUCCACAUCUCCAUCUGGACCUCCUCACCCUGCUUUCGCUGCCCCAGCCGGUCCCAAAUCCUCGUCCUCCCAUCAGACCUGCCUGCCCCGGCCUCCUCUCAAUUGCCACAUCCCCCCAGCACUCUUCCCCAGUAAAUCCACUCUCUUCAUUACUCGUAUGUGUUCGAGCCUGCUCUUGGGUCCUACAAAAAACACCAGCACCUAACAGCAAUGCAAAACAUAAACGUGAUGUGCUUUAGAGCAUCACUUUAUCUGUUGAUUUGUGUUAACCAUUAGUGUAAAAUAAAUAAUGUCAUGUUUCUUGUUGGAAAAAAAAUGUCUAUUAAGACUAUUUAUUGUUAUCUUUACUAUUUGGUGAUCUCUGCAAUAAGAUUUUUUAUCCAGCACAUCUGUUCAGGCAUCAUUGUUGACUGUCCCUUGUUAAAACUUAAGUAAACUGCCCUUUACUGGAUUGAUAUAUAACAUUUAACAUGACUGGUGUUUUCGUGCACUGAACUUUUACAAUGAUGAUUAUGUAAAAGAGUUCAUCAGUAGUUAUAAUUCUGUCCAUUCAUUUCCAAACUUGUGCUCUUGCUAGAAUACGAUCACAUCAAAAAGCAAACCUGCACAUAAACCAGUGGAGGGCAGCAUUUAGCUCUCCAUAAUGUUUAACAGAUUUAACAUGUCAUUCAAACACUCCUUUACUCUUUUUUAAUUUUUUUUAAUUUUUUUUUACCAAGAUCAGUUUUGAUUUUGGUUGAAAUGAAUGCAAACAUA